AAAAUGGCAGAGUUCGAGUUCGGUUCAAACCAGCAUGCCAUUAACCUCCACGGUGACCUUGAAUUGAAAAUCAUGGAAGCUCAACAACUACCCAACUUUUCCCUCCUCAAUAUUCGCCAGCUCCGCCGUUGCUUCACCGCCUGCAGUGGCAGUGACACUAUCGAAUCCCCUCACACCUCCACCUCCGCCCACCACAAACACAAAGUCGUCGAUUUCUGCAACCCUUACGUCCAAGUUCUAGCCUCUACGGUCACCGUGGCUCGCACGCGAGUCAUCAAGAACACCACCAACCCUAAAUGGAACCAACACUUCCAUAUCCCACUGGCACACCCUGUAAAUAGCUUGACAUUCCAGGUCAAAGACGAUGACAUCUUCGGCUCCGAGGUAAUCGGCACUGUCGAUAUAAAGGCCUCGAGGAUCAUCACAGGCGAACUCAUCUCCGACUGGUUCUCCAUCCUCGGAUCAUCAAAGACGGACACGAAGAUCUACCUCUUACUUCAAUUCACGCCGUUUGAGGAAAAUCCGAGGUACAACCACGGCAUUGCGUCGGAGAAAGGCAGCGUAACACACACGUACUUCCCGCUGAGAAAAGGAUGCUCCGUGAGGUUGUACCAAGACGCGCACGUGCCGGACAGUGUGUUGCCGGAGAUUGAAUUGGAUGAUGGUAAGGUUUACAAGCACGAGAAGUGUUGGGAGGACAUUUGCCAUGCGAUCUCAGAGGCUCGCCAUUUGAUUUACAUGGUUGGAUGGUCGGUUUUUCAUAAGGUGAGGCUUGUGAGAGAGCCGACUCGGCCAUUUCCUCGCGGCGGAGAUUUGAAGCUCGGUGAAUUGCUCAAGUUCAAGUCUGAAGAAGGGGUGAGGGUUUUGAUGUUGGUUUGGGAUGAUAAGACCUCUCGCGAUAAGCUCUUCCAGAGUGGAAUGAUGCAGACGCACGAUGAAGAGACCAGGAGGUUUUUCAAGCAUUCAUCCGUCACUUGUGUGUUAGCACCUCGAAAUGCUAGCAGUAAGCUGGGCUAUAUAAAGCAGCAGGUUGUUGGCACCCUUUUUACACACCAUCAGAAAUGUGUUCUUGUGGACACACAAGCAUUUGGUAAUACUCGUAAGAUUACUGCAUUUUUAGGAGGGAUUGAUCUUUGUGAUGGUCGUUAUGAUACACCAGAGCAUAGACUAUUUCGCGAUCUUGACACUACAUAUCAAAAUGAUUAUCACAAUCCUACAUUUCCUGCUGGAACCAAGGCUCCAAGGCAACCAUGGCAUGAUUUACACUGCAAAGUUGAGGGGCCUGCAGCAUAUGAUGUUCUUAUAAACUUUGAGCAGCGUUGGAGAAAAGCAACAAUAUGGAGGGAGGUUGGACUACGUUUCAAAAGGGUUUCCCAUUGGCAUGAUGAUGCUUUAAUAAAAAUAGAACGCAUUGCAUGGAUUCUAAGUCCUGCCCCAUGUGUAUCAAAGGAUAGUACCACAUUUAUUCCACAAGAUGAUCCCUUGUUAAGGGUUUCUAGUGAAGAUGAUCCUGAAAGUUGGAAUGUUCAGAUUUUUAGGUCCCUUGAUUCGGGAUCAGUGAAAGGAUUUCCCAAAACUGUUGAGCAUGUUGAGAAAAAGAACCUUAUUUGUUCAAAAAAAUUGGUAAUAGAUAAAAGCAUUCAAACAGGAUACAUCCAGGCAAUCAGAUCUGCUCAACAUUUCAUAUAUAUUGAAAAUCAAUAUUUUUUUGGAUCAUCAUAUGCGUGGCCAGAAUAUAAAAAUGCAGGAGCUGAUAAUCUAAUCCCAAUGGAAUUGGCAUUAAAGAUAGCUAGUAAAAUUAGAGCAAAGGAGAGAUUUGCAGUGUAUAUUGUCUUACCAAUGUGGCCUGAGGGUGAUCCAACUUCUGCGACUAUGCAAGAAAUUCUCUUUUGGCAGGGCCUGACAAUGAAAAUGAUGUAUGGUAUAGUUGCACGGGAACUGGAAGAUAUACAGAUGGUGGAUUUACAUCCUCUACAUUACCUCAAUUUCUAUUGCCUUGGUAAUCGAGAAGAUAUUUUUGAUAAUACUGACAAGGUCUCGGAAUCACAACGGUUUAAGCGGUUUAUGAUUUAUGUACAUGCUAAGGGAAUGAUAGUAGAUGAUGAGUAUGUAAUAGUGGGAUCUGCCAACAUUAACCAGAGAUCCAUGGCUGGUACAAAGGACACAGAGAUUGCUAUGGGCGCAUAUCAACCCCAUCACUCUUGGGCAUCAAGGAAGAGACAUCCACGUGGUCAGGUGUAUGGAUACAGAAUGUCACUAUGGGUUGAGCAUCUUGGGAGGGUGGAUACAUGCUUCAAGGAGCCAGAGAGUUUGGACUGUGUGAGGACAGUGAAUAAGAUUGCUGAAGAGAACUGGGAGAGGUAUGCAGAUGAGGAUUUUAUGCUAUUGCAGGGCCACCUUCUUAAGUAUCCUGUGCAGGUAGAUGAGAAUGGGACGGUCAGCCCCUUACCUGGACAUGAGAAUUUCCCAGAUGUUGGUGGAAAAGUUCUGGGAGCUCAUUCGGUUGCCCUUCCCGAUACUCUAACAACAUAAUCUCCACCCAUUGUUGUACAUGCCAGAAUUUUGAGGUUGUUAAAUUGAAAAUGUUAAAGAGUUUGUGCUCCUCUCUUUCUCUCUCCCCUUCUGUUAAUGAUUGAGCUACAAUAGGUUUUUAGUGUAAUACAAAAGCUUGAACAUAGUGAGAAGGUUGAAAUGUUGUGAAUAUUUGUGCAUAUACAGAUGCAUCAUGCAUGGUUUCCUUCUUGUCACUUGGAGAGGUCACUACAAUUACAAUGCUAGUCACUCUGUGUGGUUCUCAAUGGCUAUUGUGAGAUUAGGGAUAUUUUUUUGGUUUUUCUAAUUUCAUUAUCCCAUUUAUAUGUACUUGUGUAUAGACAUGAUUUACAAAUUGUG